CACAAAGUAGUUCAACUGAAUAGCUAGAAUCUUUAGUGGCGUUAAAGGCUGGAAUAAAAAUGUUCCGAAGGAUAACCAGCUUUAACACACAGAAUGUGGCGUGCUUUAUUCCGAAAUGUAUUCUUCUUCAGCAAAAACAUGUAAAUAUUAGUCGAAGCGUGCAAACUCGCUGGAAGAUGGACUCGCAAACUACGGCACAGUAUCGUACCGAUUACGACCUUGACAAGGAACAAUGGUCCAAGCAAAUGAAGUUACUCUCUAUGGACUGCAUUAUGGAUCCUGAUAUAAAACCAAUCCGCUACACCUCAAUUUCCGGUAUAAAGAAGGCAUUUCGCCGUUUUUUUACUAUGAGAAAACUCAUGGAACGUCGUCCCGACUUUAACGCCACUCAGCUAAAGGAUCUUUUUAUCCAACUAAAAGUAGCUUCACACGAAAAGAACAAAAAUAGCAUUAGAACACUACAGCGUAUUACUACGCAUGCUGAAGCUAAUCGAAUUUCAAAGGACAUCAAAGAUCGUCUUAAUGAAGAAUUUGUGAAUAAGAGCUGGAAAGCCCUUACACAACACGAAACGAGCAACACAUACGAAAUUGUGGUUGAUUCAUUCGCUCUUGUAACCUGCUACAUGGGGCAAAUGUCUUCAGAUGACUGGCUACAAAUUACAUAUCGUUGUGAAUACCGCGAAAGAGAAGGUAAGGAAUUCGAUUGGACGAAAAUGAUAGAGUAUCCUGUUUUUGAAGUGCGCCUGGGAGAUGGUAUAACCUCGCUUAAUAACCAUCCAUUCAUUGUGGUUGGCGUUAUGCGCAAAGACGGAACCCGUUACGGUCAAGAUGCGCAGGAUGCUGCUUCCCUACGCAAGCAGUUUGAUCGAAACCGGCGCUGGUUUUAAAGGAGUAAAAAUGCUCUAUCACAUUGUUUAAACAUGCAUUGAUUUAUUCAAGAUACCUUUACUACCGAAGAGAAUAUAUUUACGAUUCAGUAACGCAUUUGAAUUAUCAACAAGAGGUG